UGGAAUGCUUUAUUAUCAUGUUUUUUUUUUAUGCUAAUGGCAUUCUAAUACCCAGCUGUAUGCAGCAGUAGUAGUAAGGCAUGCGCAGUGUGUAAAAAGACAACGGCGAAGAUUCAAAGUUUUUGUUCGGUUUCCCAUUUAUCAUCAUGUUUGGUUUUCACAAGUCUAAAAUAUAUCGCAGCCAUGAAGGAUGUUGCAUUUGCAAGACCAAGUCCUCCAGUUCACGCUUUACUGACAGCAGCAGAUAUGAAGAAACCUUCAGGCUAUGUUUUGGGUUGUCAGAGGAUCGUGUGGGAGACAUCUGCAAUGCCUGUGUGCUGUUAGUAAAAAGAUGGAAAAAACUGCCAAAAGGCUCUAAGAAGAACUGGAACCAUGUUGUGGAUGCAAGAGCUGGGCCUGGCUUCAAGCUAACCAAACCCAAGAAGAUGAAGAACAGUGAUGGGAAGAAGAAAAGCAAACUGAAUAGGCUUCACAAAUUCAAAAGACAACACUCUGAUGCCCACAGCACGACCUCAAGCAUGUCUCCAUCCCAGUCCCCCAGCUACGAGUCAGAUGACGGCUCAGACAUUGAGUCCAAACAGAGGCGCCCCACUCCUUCUGUCUUUUCCUUCCUGGACCGUUCUUACUGGAAAAGGCAAAAGGUGUGCUGUGGGAUUGUAUACAAAGGGCGUUUUGGUGAGGUGAUGAUUGACCCACGUCUCUUCAAGCCCUGCUGCAGCUCCAAGAAGCAGGAGACGUUGGUUCCCAUGCAGGACACGCACCUUCCUGCAAUUCACCCCCCGCCUCUCCCGCUACCAGAGGCCCUGAAAGAGGACUGGUGAUGGCUCUUGAGCACCCUCUUGGGGUGACCAUGACACCCUACAAGUUGUCUCCAGUGGCAGACUACCCCCCAAAACCAUUCCAUAUUAGUUCACUGUGCAUUUAGAUGGCUAAAUGAUUUUCCUAUUUUUGCUUUGAUAUGUGUAUUUGUUAUUUUUUUAAACAUAUAAUUAAUUUUCUUGUCUUUUUUUUAAAGAAAACUAAAAAUAACCAAAAAUUGUUUUUAAAUGCAUUAGUUGUACUAUUUAUAGGAUGAGGCAGAAUUCUAUUUGGCCUUGAAGGGCACACUAUUCAGGUCUGAUUAAUUUGGUUUGCAACAUUUAAAGCUUCUUUUCUGUGUUACGGUUCCCAGCAUUUGUAUAUAUUAUGUUAUUUUUGCCAGCAUCCAGACCUGUUUUUUUUAAUGUUUUAUUUUUAUACAGCUGUCUAAUUGUCAAUGAAGUAUUCUUGUGCUGAUAUGCAAGACUCCACCAGCUAGAUUUCUAAAACCAGCUUAUUUGCGUUGAUGGCGUGGACAUUUAAAAAAAAAAACCUUCUUAUACUUGUGUUCCCCUGACACUCAAGCAGAUUUAAUUCGAUUUAUAGCAUCUUAAUAUAUAAAGGGUUAUGGGCUAAGAGUAUUUAGGGGUAUUCAGUGAAUUUAUACGGUAUGAAUGGCCUUUUAAAUGUAUACAUGCAUGGUUUGGCAAGCACUGAGUAGUAUUGUACGUUGUCAGAUGAGUAAACACUCCGUAACAUGAGCUUAUCCAUUGCUUUUCCAGCAAUUACAUGCAAGUGAAUCACGAUAGAUUGAGUUAGACCAAGCAUGCAGAACUCAUCUCUGUCUUGGAAUGAAAACCAGCAAUUAUUUAUUUGUAGUCUUCCAUGAGCUGAAAAUGCACAUUUUUAUAACCAUAUGUUGAAGUGUUCUUGUAUAUACACUUGGGAGUGUUUUGGCUAUGAGAACUAUUUUAAAUUACAGGAUUGAAAACUCAUAUUUUUAAAUCACUAAAUGUGUACAGAUGUGGAAAUAUUUAGAUUGAGGCAUUAUUUUAUGGCAUCACUUGUAACUUAUUAAUUGGCCAAUAAGUGGCUAGCUUAAUCCCCAAGUUUGUCACAACGCUCCAGGAGGGUUGUGUUCGCUAAGGCACAAUGCAGCAAAGCUUUUGCAACCAAUUAUGAAAAUUAGCUAUGUGGUGUUGGACAACUUCUAGCAGUAACACAGUUUUGUGCCUGCUGAAUACCACCCAUAUCUUUGUCCUAUGAGAUGAGUUGAAGGCAAAAGCAGUACUUACACACUUAAUGUUCUGUGUUUGUUGGCAUGUUGUUAUUCUGUUAUUGAACGUGUAUUUUAUAUUUUACAGAAUCAAAUCAAAGCUGAGACUAUGCAGACAUUUUGAAUGUGAGAAAUUACCAAAAUGUUAAAGGAGCAAUGUUUGUAAGUCCAUCUCUGCCUCUUAGCAAAAUAGUUUUUUCAGCUUUUCAUUGUUUUAAAUCGAUAUUUCAUAAUUAUGAUGUGGCUUUGCCUCAAGCUACAACAUGCGUUUCUGGUUUGUUUUCUAUACAUUUCUGGUCAGUGGUCGAGUCAAACCAAUCAGAUGUGUACCUCUGUUAAAUAAUGCACAGUUUUGCAGUAAGUGACAUGAAUUAUUAUCAGUUUGUUGUCAGACAUGCAGACAGGUAGCCUGAGUGCCAGUCUGUUCUGUCAUGCCAACUUGUUACUCAUUGUCAUGCCAAACAUUGUAUGGCUUGACAAUGAUAUCAGUGGAGUUUGCAAGAGCACAAACAUCUGGCACCUGGCUAGUAGACCGGGUGUCCUGUUGUGCAAAGUUAUUUAUUUGCUAUAACUGAACUAAAUCAGUAGAAUGGUUUGUGUCAAUAUACUGUAUAACCUUGGUUUUCAAAACAGUUAAUUUUGUGUAUCAGGUUAGUUGAGUGUUAAAUCUUUCUGUGAUUCUUAAAUACUGUCAUUAAAAGGAGAGCUGCUGCUUUCUUUUAUCAAGAUGGAAAUUCUAAACUGUUUUUGUAUAUAGUGAAAUGCCUAUUUUAUUGGCGUUUGCAUGGCACAUUUGAUCAUGUGUGCCUGAUAAGAAUGAACAUUCCUUUUACAUCAUGAAAUUCAAUCUGUAAUGUCAUUUAAUAUUUAUUUAUUUCAAAUCCAUUUGUAUAACUGAUGCUGUUAAUUGAACCGUUAGGACCUUCAAGUCAUUUUCAUUCUGUGCACUUCUUUCUAUUGUAUUUUGUUUUUGGCUAUAUUGUUAUUCUGUAUCUCCACAACUACAUUAGUUCUGUCUUGUAAUAAAACAUAAAAUAUC